AUGGUGAAACCUGAUUUAGUUGGUGAAGAAGAAAAAAGUGUUCAGAAUUUCACAGCCAUUUGGCUAGAUGAAAACUGCAGUAACAUGAAUGAUGUACAAACUCGUCUAGAUGGUAUAUUUAAUUACGUAAAAAUAUUUGAUGAUGCUGUGAACUGUUGUACUUACAUAAACAGUAUCAAAAUAGGAAAAAUGGUUAUUAUUGUAUCUGGCUCCAUUGGAAAAUAUUUUGUACCAUUAGUAUGCGCACCCUCACCCCCACGCUCACCUCUAUGUGGACGACUUCUAAUAGGUCAUAUUUACAUCUAUUGUGACGAGCAACAAGAAUAUAAAGAGUUGAUAGUGACAAAGUAUCCAAAAAUCUGUGGUAUUUUUGUUGAUAAAAAGAUCUUAUUUUCUAAAGUAAUUAACGAUAUGAAUAUCCAUGAAUCAAAUGACUAUACAAAUGAACAAACACUUAAUAUUAUCGAUGAUUCACCGUCUAUUAAAGUGUUUAAUUCAGAUAUAAAACAAAAUUCGAUUCGGAAUUUAAGUAAAGAAUCUGUUCAUUUUCUUAAACAUCAAUUACUCGUUGACAUUUUAUUAAAUAUGAUACAUGAAUCAUUUGCUCGAGACGACAUGAUAGAAUUUAGCCGAAAAUACUAUAGAGAAAAUGAAGCGGAAAAGAAAAAGGUUGAUGAAUAUCAGAUGGUUUAUAAUUCGGAUAAAGCGGUCGACUGGUAUACACUUUCGUCAUUCGUGCAUCGUUUAAUAAAUAAAACUUUUCGCACAGAAAAUAUCGAUCAUAUAUAUACGUUUCGUUCGUUUAUAACUGAUCUUCACAAUCAAAUUGUUCAAAUACGAGAUUCUCAUAAUGCAUCGAUACCAUCAGCUGUUUAUCGUGGAAAACGUCUACCACCUAGUGUAUUUCAAAGUUUAAUAGAUAAUGAAGGUGGAUUGAUUUCAAUAAACGGAUUUUUAUCAACAACUGUUCAACAAGAAGUCGCUUGUAUUUUUGCUGGAAGUGGUGAAACACUUUUGGGUUGGGAAUCAGUUAUAUUUGAAUUUCAUAUUGACACAAAUAUAGUAACGAAACCAUUUGCUAAUAUUAAAGACUUUAGUAACAUGAAAGACGAAGAGGAAAUCUUAUUUUCAAUAGGAACCAUCUGGCGUAUCAAGUCUGUUAGUAAAUCUGACACUGGUACAUGGCGUGUACAUUUAAGUUUAACUGGAGAAGAAACUGUAUCAUCGAUUGAGUUGUUAGAGUAUUUUAAGAAACAGAUUGAUAAAAAGGCAUGUACAUUAUUAACUUUUGGAAAUAUUUUAACUGAAAUGGGUGAGUAUGACAAAGCAGAAACAUAUUAUAGAAUUUUACUUGAAGAACCGUCGAUCGAUCACGAAUAUACAGCAACUAUUUAUAUUAAUAUUGGACGCCUUCGAUAUGAAAAAGAUGACCUUGAAAUUGCAUUAGAUUAUUUUAAAAAAGCAUUUGAGAUUAUAGAAAAACUACCAGAAUCAGCGAACGAUAUGAAAAUGAUUCCAUGUACAAAACGUUCUCGUCCAUUCUCAUUGGUAGAGAAACAACAAUGUAUAUUAAAGUGUUUGUCAGCCAAUGAUCAUCCAUCAUUUGCAAAAUGUAUUAACAAUAUUGGCGUUGUUUAUUACAUGAGAAAGGAUCCUGAAGGAGCACUUAAGUGUUAUGAACAAGCGCUGUUGCAGGAAUCGCGAUCUCUACUCGAUUCAUCAGCAAUUUAUAAUAACAUUGGAGUUGUGUACUACGACAAAGAGCGUUGCCAUGAGGCUAAACAUUACUUUCAACAAGCACUUGAGUUUGGAUUACAAGCAUUACCAGUGACACAUGUAUGGAUUGUAGAUUAUACAAAGAAUAUAGAAGCCGCGAUUAAGCAAAUGCCAAUACAAAAGUAUCUGUCAAUGUGA